ACUUUUUAAUACUACAUUGAGAGACUGGUAGAUGGUGUGGAGGUUUAGUUGGGGAAUAUUGACACAAAACCCGUGGACCCCAACAAAUCUCCUAAAAAGGACUAUUUUGCCUCCUUCAAGUCAUCAGGGUGACUAUGGCGCACGCCGGGGCUCUCCGCGCGUCGCUGCUGCUGAUUUUACUGCAGUUAGUCCUGAUCAUCUCAGCACAGAGGGGGCCAGUUGGUCCAAGAGGACCACCUGGACCUCCAGGGCUUCCUGGUUUUUCUGGUGUUGACGGCAUUGAUGGUGAUAGGGGACCUGGCCCUGGCCCAGAUGGCCCCCCAGGCCUUGAUGGGGACAAUGGCAAGGAUGGAUUAAAUGGCCUUCCAGGAAAACCAGGAGCGGAUGGUUUGACUGGGCCCCGUGGUGCCCCUGGCCCUGUUGGCCCUCCUGGACAAAAAGGUGAACCUGGUGAGCCGGGACCAAGGGGAGCCAUUGGUGUUGGAGAGGAUGGUGAAGCUGGUGCUGAUGGGGAAGAUGGGUUACCUGGAGAGCUGGGCAAAGCUGGACCUCCUGGAAGUCGUGGACCGAGAGGUCCUGUUGGUGAUCCAGGACUGGCAGGGCCCGGAGGCCCUCCUGGAGUCUGGGAUGGUAAGGAGCUGUGCCCAAAUGCCUGUACUUCUGGCCUGAAUGGUUAUACAGGUCUUCCAGGCAUGAAGGGCCACAAAGGUGUCAAAGGUGAAUCAGGUGAACCAGGAAGGCAAGGACAUAAGGGUGAAGAAGGAGACCAGGGAGCACCUGGAGAGCCAGGAGCACAAGGCCUUCCUGGUCCACAGGGUCUCAGAGGAAUCACAGGGAUGAUGGGCCCUAAAGGGGACAGGGGACCCCGUGGAAAUGUUGGCGACCUGGGCCCUCAGGGUAUUCAGGGCGCUCCUGGUGAUCAGGGUCAAAGAGGAAAAGUAGGUGAGACUGGACCAAAAGGAGCUCAGGGACCUCGGGGGUUGCAGGGACUUUUGGGUUUACCUGGACCGAAAGGAGAGACUGGUCUGCCUGCGGUGGAUGCUCGUGACGGGAUUCCAGGGCUGCCCGGAGUGAAGGGUCUUCCUGGAAAAGUUGGCUCGCCUGGUGAGGCUGGACUUCAGGGAUUUCCAGGUUUGCCAGGCAUUUCAGGAGCAAAAGGUCACAUGGGUGAAAAAGGAAAUACUGGUGAUCCAGGUGUGGCAGGUCUGAUUGGAAAUAAUGGAAAAACAGGUGAACGUGGCGAGCAGGGAGAGGUGGGACCAGUCGGCCCAAGAGGUGGGCCAGGUGAGAGAGGAGUGAGAGGUCCUGAUGGGUCUGCAGGCUCACCAGGUGCAAGGGGUGCUAAAGGAGAUCCGGGCCUUCCUGGUCUUCCAGGGCCUGCUGGCUUCAUCGGGCAGAAAGGCGACAGGGGCGCUGUUGGUCUAACUGGUCCAAAAGGAGAGCAAGGCCCACCUGGUGAAGAGGGAACACCUGGAGACAAAGGAGAUGUUGGUGAUGAGGGAGAGCCAGGCGAGAAAGGAUCGACAGGAAAACCAGGAGAGGCAGGAAAUAAAGGGCCAGAGGGUGGGCAUGGCCAACCUGGACCCGAGGGCACAGCUGGAGAGCCUGGCCCAAGAGGCAUGCAAGGAGACGGCGGGGUACCUGGACUGCCUGGGGCACAGGGACGACCAGGCCGAGCACCCAUAGAUGAACACAUCAAGCAGGUCUGCAUGAGGGUUUUGCACGGACAGCUCGCCCAGUUGGCAGCCAGUCUGACGAGGCCCGAGUCGGGCAUCUCUGGGUUGCCAGGUCCUCCUGGUCCCCCCGGCCCUCCAGGGCCUGGUGGAGACAACGGCUUCCCUGGGCAUCCUGGAAGCAGAGGACUGCCGGGUCUCAAAGGGCCCCUGGGGCUCAUAGGGAGGAAAGGGCCCAAAGGUGACCAAGGUGACAGGGGAGAUAGAGGGCCCACAGUGGUGGGGCCUAAAGGAAUACCUGGACCACCAGGGCUCCCAGGUGACCCUGGGAAACCAGCAUAUGGCAGUAACGGGCGUGACGGUCUGAGAGGACCAGCAGGUGUUCCUGGAAUGCCAGGUGUGCCCGGGCCACCAGGUCCCCCCGGCCCUAACGGAUACUGCGAGUCAUCUCAGUGCGUGCUUCAAGCAGUUGCGAGUCCGAUAUCUGUCAAAGAGUCCAGCGUGAAGGGACCAGAUGGUCUAUGAGCUGAUAGCCAUCAGCGAGCCACACAUCAGAGCCCAGCGUCUCUGGACAGGGAAACUUGAGAGACUUAACAGAGUGACUCCCUCGAAGAGGAGAUUUCUGCAUCAGUGGUAUAUGCAGGUGUGAUUGUACUUAUCAAACACCUGUGUGAAGUUGGAUCAAUUCUUAUUAGGGUUCCCAGUUUCAUUCAGUCCCCUUUUACUAAGAUAAUUUUUUUUUUUUUUGGACAUACUUUUGUAUAGUUCCAAUAAUUCUAUUAAGAUUCAAAAUAAACCUAAAUUGCCCCAUAAAUAAUUAAAUUAUAGCUUGCAAAAAAUAUAUGCUCUAGUUCAAUCUCAUUUGAAUAUACUUUGUAUUUUUUGGGUCCUGGAUACAUACAAAAUUAUGUCGCCACAACCUGGCCACUUUACACAUUAAAGGCUGUUAAAAGGACUUUAAAUCAGAGGGGGUCCUAAACAUUGUACAUUUGUCAAUAUUGCAUUGCUAAAAAAUGAUUGGCAAGCAUUUUAUUAAAUGGUUUUUGGGUUGUUUUAACCUUAGAGACUUUCUCCAAUUUCGUGAAAAUUUUUGUGGUUCUUUGCAGUGAGGGAGAGGUCUUGAUGUUUAAAAGCGAUCUAGGAAGUUUCUAUAUUCUUUAUUUAUUGUAGACAAAAUUGAUGUGACACCAACGGUUGUGAAAAGGGAGGAAAAUAAAAGAAUUUUGAUAAAGUGCUGCAUGUUUUUAAUUUAAAAGUUUGAAUCAAGCACAGACGAAGUAAAAUGCUCCUUCAGUGUAUCUUUAUUGUACUCUCAAAUGGGCAGACUUGUUUCUUGCUAUACUAAAACACAUAUCCAAUUAUAUAAAUAGGUGAUUUAACAGUACACAAUCAAAUACCGUACGUAAAU